CUCCAUUAGUUUGCGUGCGAUUUGCGUCCUCGGGAUAGGCAAUUUAUUUUGAUAAUAUUUUAUAAAAUUACAUUAAUUUGAACUAAUUAUAUUACUUUGAGGGUAACAGUGAUUUACACAGUGAACUAUAAAAAUAUUUCUAAAGGAUUGAUAACGAUAAGUUGCUCACAAUGACCCCUGAGUUCACGGUUGCAUUUGCUUGCGCAUCGUGAUAUUACCCAAUUUGGAAGAGAAAUUCCAAAAAUUUGUAAUCGUUUGUUUUGUUUAUUAAAUUCUGGUCAUAUUUACAUGCAUCGGUCCAUCGGAUGUAGAUUCAACAUCGGCACUAAACAGUGCUGUAUGGUUAUUUACGAUGGUAAUUUUCAAGUCAUUGAACCUGUGUGCAGCGUGGUGACACUGUGCUGAUGCUGUGAGUCGUAAAUAUGUAAAUAAACAUGGACGAUAUAAGCGUGAAAAUAGAGGAAUCUCUGAAGGACCAGCCCGUCGCAGUGGAUUCUCCGUCUGUCUUAUCUGGCGGUGAAAAUGAUGUCGAUCCAUUGGCGAUAGAGGAAAACGGACCGGGCCAGCUCAAGGGACAGCUGGCUGAGUAUGUAACCCUUGAGAAAGUAAACGCGGGAAACUGUGAUGAUAAUGCCAAAGAUGAGAAAUUAAUUGAGGAUGCUACAGAGGUAAAGGAUGAAUUAAUGGCUUUGCAGGCAGAAAGAAUCAAAGAAGAGUUGUUAAAAGAAGAUAGCAAUUCCUUGGGUGGCACAGAAGAGGUAAUCAUUGAGAAAGUGAAAGCACAGAAUGAGCCAAGCAACCAAUCAGCGAAGAAUGAUCUAGUUCUAAAGGAAACUGAGGAGAAGUUGACUAUUGUUGAACCUGUGGGAGAAACUGAAGUCACUAUUAAGCAACCUACUCCUGUUCAAACUCCACAACCACAGGUACCCAGCCCUCCUAAAGACGAGCCUGCAGCAACAUUAUCAGACAGUUCAAAACCCCAAAUGAAAGCUCAGCCUGAUGUAGAGAUGACAGAUGAGGUUGAGGAAAAAGUUGAGACUAAGGCAGAGCCAAAACCAAGCAAUAGCAAAGCACAGUCAUUGAAUGGAGACGUAGGGAAGAAUCACAAGGAUGAGAAAUCAUCAAAGAGACGUGCCAGUGAGGAAGUUGAAACCGAAUCACCACUCAAAAGACUUUGUCAAGAAGUAGAAAAGACUUUUCCACAACAUGACACAAUGAUAAAUGACUACAUACAGACGGCUACUAAGAACAACAUUGAUGAAAUACAGAGGCACACAGAACAGCUAUUGUCUGAAAUACAAACUCUACGAGAGCUAGCACAGAAGAAGGAACAGGAGUGGAAUAAUAUAUUACAUUUAAAAAAGGUGAAGGAGGAAAUUUUGUUGAGGCUAUUGAGGCGAAAACAAGUGCUGUCAUUUGAGAAGGCAGCCGAAGUGAAUGGUUCAGAUAGAACUGAUCCAUUUGAUUAUUUAAACCAAGCCAAGAAUUUGGCUAUAGAUAAAAGCGACGAGAUAUCAGGUUUGGCUAUUAAGCAGCCGCCUUCAACAAUGAACCCGAUGAUGCCAACACCAGUGAUGCCUAUCACGAGCCAUAUGAACCCGAUGUCCGGUCUGCCACCACCCUACGACAAAGCUGCUCAUAUGCAAUCUAUGUCGAAACCAGUAUUCCCCCAGCAACUGAUGAUGCCUGGGCCGAUGCCUGGUUUCCCCAGAGAUAUGAAUGGGCAAUUGUCAGCAGGGUUCAACAUGCCCAUGGGUCGACAAGGGCCUACUAAAGAUGUUAAGUCGAUUAUCGCUGAUUACAGACAGAGGAAUCCUGAAGUGACCCCCCGACGGGGUAGACGUAUGAAGUCGCUAUUAAAUCCGAAUAUGGCUUAUCGGCCUAUCGCACCGAAAAUGGACAGCAUUAAUAGUUUGAACAAUCUUAAUAUACUCUACAACAAUUUAGACAUGAACCAAAAAGCUAUGUUGGAGCGUCUUCAACAAAUGCACGGUCUGCCCAACGGGCCGUCCUUCAAGGAUGUGCUCGUACAGUUCGCGAGCAUGCAGCAGGGCUCGGGGCUCAUGCCGCGCCCGCCCGAGACCGCCAUGCGGCCGGACCGACCCGACCGAGACCGACCAGACAGACCCGACCGACCCGACCGCGACCGCGACAGACCCGACAGACCCCGCCAUCGGCACGAAGACCUCGCUCCCAAGCCGGCGGAGAGACUUGCAUCGCCCAGUCCUCGGUUGCCACCGCCGCCUCCGUAUCCUGAAAUAUCGCUGCUACCCGUCACCACAAGCCAAGAAGCGUCGCCACAGAACUCCUUGCUCCAUGGGAUACUCACUAAGAACUGCGGCGAGAUCACGAUAACGCCGGUGCAGCCGGCGCCGGCGGCCGCGCCCGCUCCCCCCUCCGCGCCCGCCACCGCUACCGCCGUCGCUGUCGCGCCCGCGCCCGCGUCUGUGGCCGAGCCGCAGCCUGAAAAGCCUGAGGAGGUUGUGCAGCUGGACGAUGAAGAGAGCCGCGGGUCGGAAGGGUCGGAGCGCGCGUCGCCCGGCGGGUCGGGGGCGUCCGGGUCCAACUCGGGCGGGUCGGGGUCAGGGUCGGGGCGGCUGGUCAUCGACGAGGGCAGCGCGGAGCCGGACGCGCCGCUGUGCCAGGGCUGCCGCCGCCGCGACGCGCAGUUCGUGUGCGCCGGCUGCGCCAACCAGUGGUACUGCAGUCGUGACUGCCAGGUUGCUGCGUGGGACGAGCACUCGGAAAUGUGUUCCGGGUAAAGAAGAACGCGUUCCGGGCAACGCAUCAAGCAUCGCCCGGACGUUCGUUAAGUAGUGUCAUUUGCCUUAUAAUUAGUAGAACGAAAUGUAAGCGAAUCUCUAUUUGCGCUCCCUUGGCGUAUUCCGUAUCUCCUUUUAAACUACGCUUUUCAAGUGUGAUUAUUUUUUUAAUUCCGAGGACCGGCAAAUUGCUUACUAAUACGUUUAAAUUAAGAUUCCUUUUUGAGCAGCUGCUUAUUUGUGUACGAAACUGCUUUAACAAAAUUGAUCGAAUUAUGUCGACAGUUGGAAUAUACGCACUGAUUCCGUUAAAAGAUUUACCAAAGUUAUAUGUGAUAGGUUAUUUUAUGUAAAAACGCAUUAAAACAAAUUUCGCUAAAGAAAAAUAUGUUGUGCGCAUCAAUUCUACAAAAUGUAGUGCUAAAUAAUCAAAUUUUACGCAACGUAUGGUUUGCAAGGAAAAUUUUCAAUUAUAAUUAUUUGUAUUGCUUUAAGAAAAGGUUUAUUGCCACUGCAAAAAAAAUUGACAGACAAAAUAAUUCGACUCGUGUCAGCGUACAAGUACAAAUAAAAACCUCCGAUUUCUAUAUUCAUGUGUGGAGGUAUAGCUUUGAUUAAACGUUUCUUAAUUCAUGCAUUUAAGAUUAUGUAUGGUUGGUUUUGCAAGUGUUUGCUUAACGGUAUAUGAGGAGCUGGCGAACUAAACGGUAUAAUUACAUAAAAUUAAAUUGUAAAGGAGCGGUAUAAAACAGAAUGACAUACCUCUAGUGAGCUUUUGGCAUGGUUUUUAAUUUAUUAAGGACAUGGUAAAGUUUUGUAUGGGCCACUGCCCUGACAAUGUAUAAAUACUGUACUUAGUAAUAUUUAAUGGUACAUGGCUGAAUAUUCAUAAUUUCUAUGAAAAAAGACUCGGGAACUUUUAAUAAAGUCACAAUGUAGAAAAUUAUGAGAACUCCUACUAUGUCAUUACCUUAUUAUAGUUGAUAAAAGAUGUUGCCAAUUAUUUACAGAGUCAUUAAUUUCGCAUUUUCUUAGAAUCUUUCUUCCCAAUUCUCUGAUUAACUCUCCACAAAAAGUUUUUUAAAGCAAAAAUAAAUACAAUAAUUUGUUAUUGUCGGCCUGACAGGAAAUCUGUGAAGUUUUAUUUUGUCCAUUUGAAAAUUUUAAGGAUUAAUUAGCAUACAGCCUAGCUCUACUAGCUCAAUCUGUCUGAUCAGGCAUCAGAAUAAUAAAAUCUAUUAUUUUAGGCCUUCAGUGAUUUAUCAUAAUUAGAAUUAGGGCCAAAUAUGUCAUAGUUAAAGGAGUUUAGAAACAAUAUUGUUUAUUUCAAUAUACUUACAAAAAUAUUUUUUGUGUACAUUUAUUUAGUAAAAUGGAACAUUUUGCUUUUUAAACUAACAUGAAGUCAAUUUUUAUACUUUUAAAUAUUUGAUUAUUUAUUAACCUCCGGACUCUCCGACUGUAAAAAAAGUAGUUUGACUAGAUGCGUAAUUAUACCGUUUUGUUCGCCUGCUCCUCAUAUAAUCUUAAAUCCACAAAUUAAGAAUUUUGCGGGAACACAGCCCACACAAUCAGAAGUAAUUUAAAUCAUAUACAAAUGCAAAGCAAAUGUUUGACCAUAUACAAAGGUGCAUAACAUCAAGAAUGCAUAACUUUAUAAACAGAACUUAAAUUAUAACAAUACACAAUAAUAAAAUUUAUUUUUAAAUGAAAACUAAGGAGAUGUUUAUUAUUAUUCCGACAUAUUGGGUACUUUUCUUACAAUGAAAAGAUUUAGUUUUUGAUGCAUGUAAUAAGAAUAAAAUGUCCAAAAUUGUCUGUCUCUCAUUCUGACCGGUAUCAUAGAAGAAAAAUUGACACCAUAAGACAUUUUUUUUAGAUUUAUCUACUGUUUUUAGUAUUUUUUUUUAAUUAAUAAUAUAGAAAAACAUACGAUACAACAUCUCCGACACCGUUUCUAGACUGUAAUAUUUAUAUGAAAAAAAAAGAAAUUAAAACUGGUUUAUUUCCGCAUAAUGUUCCUAAAUUUUUUGAUAUAUCAUGUUUAUAAAAUCGAAAUGUCUUAGCAUAAUAAUAUAAAUAAUGUAUGAUAAUAAAAUGGUCUAGGAGAAAUUGUGGUUGUGUUGUUUACCAGGGAUCAUAUAACGAUAUGUAUAUUUGUGGCUUCGCAGGUGAUCGAGACUUAACGCCAAACAUUUAUUAAGAUAUACAACCCUUUUUUAAACUGGAGCAAUUAAUAGGUAUCAUGCUUUGAUUAUUUACUACUAGAUAGAGCGUGGCAACCAUAGAGGUAUAAGAAUAGAGUAGGGGAGGUAUGUACUCUA